AUGGCAAGCAUAUUGAAUAGAAUACCUACAACAUAAUCAUACCUUAUAUAAAAUCUUCCUAGAUAAAAGAGUUCCUUCCAAACAAUUAGAUAAAAAAUUUAAAAUAAAAUAGAAAAUGAGAAAAAAUCCACAAUUUACAAAAUUCUUUAAAACUACAAAAAUUAAACUCAAGUAUAUACUACACCAUCAAAAAAGCCAAAAGAACUUAUUGGAAAAAAUAAAACAGCAAAAAUAGAAAAAAAAUCAUUAUCAUUCAAUUCUCAAACUAGAACUAAAUCGAUUUAAAAUCGAAAAUAAUAUUCUAAUGUUAGCACGAUAACAAUAAAGAUAGCAUAAUUUGAUAUGGAACCAGGAAUACAAUCAAUAAUGUGUAAGGAACCAAAGAUAUAUGAAAUUUAACUUGAUUAAUUUAAUUGA